AUGAACCUAAAUCGCGAGACGGCAGGGAACCUGCUUAAGAGGCUGAGCGACGCGCGUCGUCGCCUUUGUGUGCUGGUGAGCAUGGAUGUCGAGGAAGACGUUGACGUGCUAGAGGAAGUUGCCAUGUACGCCGAUGCGUCCUGA